AAGACGAGGGAGGGAUUCUCGGAGGAGCGAAAGAGAGAAGCGCAUCAAGGCGAUCCGAGAGGGAGAGGAGGGAGAUCGGAUGCGAGUGAAACGAACAGAGGAAACAUUCAGGGGAUGAAACGGGGGGAUUGCACGUGAAAAAGGAGACGCGAAAGCGAGGGUGGAAAGAGGGUGGGAGCGAUAGAGAUAGUAACCAGGCACACGUUGGCAGGCGGGAGAGCGAGAGGACGAUUUCCGGAGUGAACCAGACUGGGAGAAAGAGGGAAGACAGAGAGAGGGUCUGAAGAGAGAAAUCGACAGUGGAUCCGCGUUAGCUACCGAGGGAUGAAAGGCAACAAUCUCCGCAAGGCUAGUGGCGCAAGGGAAUAUCUCGCGCUUUCGUAUCUACCAGAGGACGUUGACGACGUCGACGUCGACUACGAGGACGAGGAGUGAUGCUAAACGACGAUCGAUGACGCGCUCGUAACAACGCGUUGUUCGGAAUCGUGAGUUCUAAGCGAUCCGCGAGUUCGACCGCGAGUUCAGCCUCGAGAAGUGAUAACGCCGGCUCUUAUGUGAACGCUGAUAACAAUAAUUGAUCCCCCGCUCAACGCUAAUAACGACGAAGAAAGCCGAUGUGAGAAAGAUCGCGAUCGAUCUCGAGUCGCGAUGAUGGACCGAAGUGCGCGUUAACAAGGCCAGUCGUUAACGUGAUAAAAUUUAGUCAUUAUUCCGAUAUUUCUUCCAUCGAAUUUUGACAAUGAAAUCGUCACCUGCAUCGUGAUUUUCGUCGAAUGCAGCAGAACGACGGCGGCGGCGGCGAGCCGAUUACGGGGAUGCCGAGGGGAUGCGAGGAUACCGCGAGAUGACGUUCUCCAACGCGCUCGUCAUUCGCUGACGUAAUCUCGCUCGGAUAACGAAGACGAUUUGGCAGGAUGCUGCUGCGCGGGCUGUCGUUGAUCGUCUUCCUCCUCCUCGUGCAGCCGCGUCACCGUGUCAUCUGGGCUUCCCUAGAGAGUAUCGGGAUGUCCGAUAGAUUGGAGAACGUUACACAGACGAUUUCGAGGAUACUCGAUGGCUAUGAUAUUCGAUUAAGACCGAACUUUGGCGGUGAUCCAUUAUUAGUUGGGAUGGAUCUCACCAUUGCAAGUUUCGACGCGAUCUCAGAAGUCAAUAUGGAUUACACGAUAACGAUGUACCUAAAUCAAUACUGGAAGGACGAGAGACUCGCUUUUUCGCAUGAGGACGAAGUCUUGACGUUAAGCGGUGAUUUCGCAGAAAAGAUUUGGGUCCCCGAUACGUUUUUCGCAAACGAUAAAAGUAGCUUUCUGCAUGAUGUCACCGAGCGCAACAAGCUUGUCAGAUUAUCGGGUGACGGCUCGGUCACAUAUGGCAUGAGAUUCACGACAACUCUAGCCUGCAUGAUGGAUCUGCAUUAUUAUCCUCUCGAUUCACAGAAUUGCACCGUCGAAAUCGAGAGCUAUGGAUAUACAGUUCUCGACGUAGUAAUGUACUGGAAAGAAACUCCCGUUCGCGGAGUCGAGGAGGCGGAAUUGCCACAAUUUACGAUAAUCGGCUACGAGACCAACGAUCGAAAGGAGGAAUUGGCAACAGGCAUCUACCAAAGACUCUCGCUGAGUUUUAAACUUCAAAGGAACAUCGGAUAUUUUGUUUUUCAGACAUACCUGCCGAGUAUACUGAUCGUGAUGCUUAGCUGGGUUAGCUUCUGGAUCAAUCAUGAAGCUACCAGCGCAAGAGUAGCUCUCGGUAUUACGACCGUGUUAACGAUGACAACAAUAUCAACGGGUGUUAGAAGCUCACUGCCACGGAUUAGUUACGUGAAAGCCAUCGAUAUUUAUUUGGUGAUGUGCUUUGUUUUUGUAUUUGCGGCUCUGUUGGAAUACGCAGCGGUCAAUUAUACGUAUUGGGGUGCCAGAGCGAAAAAGAAAACAAAGAAGAAAGAGACCGACGAGAAGAAAGUGCUCUCUUCUAAAAUUGGGAGCAAAGCCAGUUCGCCCUUUCCUGAUUCUACGGACGCGGAUAUCAUAGAACUUCAGGAUCUCAGAAUGUCGCCUCUGCCGAGCAUUAGAAAUAGGUCAGGCCUAGUCAGCGCUUCAUCGAUGCCGGGAGCUGGAAGGGAUCACGACCCGGCCAAGUUUCCGCCAAGCUUUCGUAUUUCCAGGGUCGCCGCUUACAACACGCACACUCGAAAUAGCGGUCUCAGGUACAGAGGCCCAAGAUCGCAUAAACCAAAGGUUUUACAUGCUAUACGUAGAGGAGCUUCCGUGUUGCGAGUGUCGAUGCCGAAAAUCAAGGAUGUGAAUGUGAUAGAUAAGUAUUCGCGAAUUAUUUUCCCAGUCAGCUUUAUGCUGUUCAAUGCCGUGUAUUGGAUCUUCUAUUUUUUUGAGCGACAAAACGGAUAUUAAAUCGAAUUCGGUCACUUCUGUAUUUAAAAAGGACCAAUCGUUUCGGGAGGAUCCUUUCGAGCUUUCAAGCACGUCAAACGUGAGCGAUGUGUAAUUUUUCGCGAAAUUAAAGAUCCAACCGAAUGCACAACAGGUGAUGAAAGUACUGAAUCGAAAGUACUGCCAUGAAACACAUUUAUCGAUAAAAAUAAAAUGUAUUUGCGAGAGACUCGUGUGUCAACAACAUAUAUUUACGAGAUUUUCAUUAAUUAGAAAACAUACAAUGUAGCGAUAUUACGAACGAGAAUAUGUUCCUAAUGAAACGUGAGAGUUUAUGUCAUGUGCACAACAUGGAAAAGACGCCAAUAAUUCGGUAAUGAAUAAGAAAAGUCGCAGUAAGAUCCAAAAAUAAAUUGCGUUAGAAUUAAAUUUAAUAUUUGCAUUCGUGAUAAUAAAAUUGGUCUACGUCAUAUUUCUUACUUUGGAAAUAAAUAUAGACUUUAUUUCUGUCUAUAUAUAUGUAGUGUAUAUAUUUUCUUUUUAUACAUAGAAAAGUAUUAUUGAUUUUAUUUGCUGCAAUGAUGUAUAGUGCUUUAUAUUUUGUGUACAAUAAUAUAUAAAAAUU